AUCCCCCUCCGAAUCUUCCCUACUUCGUGGGUCGCUCUCGGCUGCACAACCUCCCCGUGUACCUACACCUGCGCAAGGGCAACCAGCGGCUGACGAUGCUGCGCCGCGUCCAGGGGGACAUCUGGCCGCUGGUGCAGGUGAACGAGGUGACGGGGACGCUGCGCUUCAAGGGCUACUGGGGGGAAGAGCUCAGGGCUUGGCUGCUGGAAAAAGGGUUUUAG